AUGAGCGAACAGCAGCAAAGAAUGGCUGCAGUGGGAACUGACAAGGAACUCAGCGACCUCCUGGAUUUCAGCGCGGUAAGAGAGUGGGAGAGCAGUCUGGGUGGUUUCUUGGGGGGCAAUGGGAGGAAGGGCCAAAGUGAGUGCGAUACAGGUGUGGGUACGGGCAGAGGAGAGCUGCAAGUCUUAGCCAGAGUAGUGGGGAAGAGGGGGAGGGAAGGAAAAGCUUCAGAAAUGUUAAAAUCGUUCAAACAUCAGGUUAGGUUAAUUCAAGAUAUUUCCAUCUGUUUUUCUUGGCAUGCAGAAGGGGUGCUGAUAACAUGCACGUGAAAUACCUAGGCUUGAUGUUGACACGAUUUUGAUUCUUAAAUAUGGGGUGUUCACUUGUGUUGGUGUAGCAGUGGUACAAGAACAUGGAGGUAGUUUGUUGAUACAGUGAACUUGAAUCCUCUAAAAAGUUAAAGAAAUAAUCAGGGUUGAUUACAGGAAUUUCCUCCAGUUUUGUCUCGUUAACACGAUUUCAGGGCGCUGUUACAUACGAGCUAUGUUUGGUAAACUGCUUCAGCAGGUCCUUCUCCUUAUAUUUUCCCAGUUUUUAGCCUUUUAUAAAGAUAUCCCAGUGAAAUGUUUCACGAGGUUUCUUCCCGAAAUACAAGUAGUGGAUGAAAAAAUGUUUUUUUUAUGUUCCGCUUUUAUUUAUUUGUUUUCCUUUGAGUCAGGAGUUCUCUGUUAAGCUUUAUAUAAACGCCACAUAACCCCAAUUACACAGUUUGCCUUCAGAAGAACAAAAUCGAUGAAAAAAAGUCGAUGAGGCUAAAUUGCUAGCUCUGGCUAACUAUUUUAUAUAAAUCACAAAAGGUAAUUCAGCAGUUUAACUUUUAAGCGCACACUAUGUCUCCGUUGAUGUCUCAUAAUCAACUAAGAGUUGAUUAAAAACUGAAUCUCGGUACCAUUGCAACACUCUUUAAUUAUUUUUGAUUACUUUUUUUAAAGGCAUGAUUCUAUGAUAAUUGUGUUAGUUGGACUCUUCAUUGUUAAUGAUCAAUUUAGUCCUAAUCUCUGCCGCACCAUCAGUAUUUAAAGGAAGCGUUUACCUCUGAAAGAAAACCAGCCCUCACUGUGAAGGGGGUUUUAUGGGACGCUCUCAUUAGACAGUUGGGUUGUGUUAAAAAAGCUCAGAUUGAUCAGCUGCCAAUUUCUAUCAGCAGAUGUUCCAUCUAAAUCUGACAUUGAUAAUUGGGUGAGAAACUGUCAAACAAUGUACAAACAUAUUUCACUAUCUCCGUUUAAUUGCAUGCUGGGUUGGACUGGGAAUAAAGCAAGAUAACAAAUGUUUAAGACAUUGCUAACCAAACCCAAGUGAUCCAAAAAUGGGGAACAAAUCAGUUUUUGGACUGAAUAUUGUUCCCCUUAAAGAAAGGGAAAUCAUAAGCGCUUUUGUCACAUAGUCUUAUGGUGUCCUACUUAAAAAAUCUGUGGUUUAUGCUGCAGGUUUUUGCCACGUCACAUAAAAAAAGCCAAGUUUGAUUGUAAAAAAAAAAAAAAAACAAUACUGAUGGUUUUAUUUUAACUUGUCCAAAAGGUAUUUUGUCCAAAUACUGUGUUUCUAGUAAAAACUACUCUGUUUUUUUUUUCUAAUUGGAAAAAUUUUAAUUUUUGGUGAAAUUUUUACUGAAAUGAGUAAAAACCUCCAUUACGUCCACAUGUUUGUUUUUAGUGCUUUUUUAUGCUUUGGGUGGUGGUAUUAUGUAGUUUGUGUCCGCCUCUGGACUGUUUCAACACUGAAAUGUCUUAACGAUGCGUCUCUUGUUUAUUAGAGGAAAUGGGAAGUGUGAAGUGUGCCGUUCUUCCCUAGUUAGUUACCAUAUCUUUUCCUCUUUUGUCUUGUAGAUGUUUGCGCCUCCAGUUGCCAAUGGGAAGAACAGAACAAUGACACUCGCCAGCAGUCAGUUUGGUGGAUCAGGUAAGCUUUUAAGCUGCAUGUUAAAACACAAACUAACUAAAAAUUCUUCUGGAGAGUAAAUGCAGGUGACUGUUUAUUUAUUUGAGGAGUUUUUAUUCUGUUUUUUCUUUUUAACCCAAGUAAGCAUCAUUGUUCAGCCUGCUCUCUGUGGCUUCUUGAUUUGAUUUGGAAAUAAGUUUUAUUUUAGUGUUAUUUUCUUUUCCCAUUUCCUCCCCCUUCAAGUAUUUAAAGCGUAAAGAUGCAUAGUCAACCCCCUCAGCACCUGAAGCCUUUGAGUGGGCUCCUCUCUCUUCCUGAAUGUUAUUAGUUGGUCGUGUUACUUUCAUUCCUCUGUCACCCUGCCAACCUGGCGUGUGAAAUCGAGUCACACUCCCCAGUGUUCCCCAGAGUGAGAACUUGGCCACUGAGGAACAAAGGCAAAAAAGGGGCUUAUGGACUUGAAACGACUCCCCCACCCUGAAGUGUAAAACACUCCUCCCCCAACACCGCACAGGGCUCUUACCCCCACUGAUCUGCAGGAAAUGGCUUGAGCCCGAGACAAUGUCCCUCACCCCCAGCUUGCAGCCUCUUAAACCGGCGCAGCAUGCAGUGAGUGGCCAGAGUGGAAGAGAGAGCUUGUUGAAUAGAAGGAUCAGCCCGAGGAAGGCAGGAUUCUGUUUGUUUCUAUUACAGCAGGCAAUUACUAAACAGUGAGGAGUUAAUUCCUUCUCCCCCCUCCUCAUGCCCCCAAAGUGUGGCCCUCGGUCAUUGACGCCCAUUUUAAUGUGAUACUUCAAGCUGUCUGAUUUAACUUUAGGAGAUCUGUAGGUAUCCUCCAAUUGCACAUGUAAGUCAACAUGUCUGUCGUCUGUGAAUUCCGGCUCAGGAGGCUCGGGUACAUGUUUGGCAACUUAUAAGAACAAAUAAUAAACAGAGGGGAGAAAGCUGAGACUGAUUGCAUGUACGAGGGGAUCAAUCUGGCGGUUGAAUAUUGGGUGUAAGUGAUUAUUUUUUAAUGUGAUGGCUGAUUUUUAUCAACAGCACCAUCUUACAAAACUUGGCCAAGAAGAUGGGUCAUUAUUAAAUAAUAAGGUGUGGCUCCAGCCCAGGAAACCUAUUCAUUCCACGCCAUCAUAAAAUAUGAUGGCCAUUAAAGAGCAGUGUCCAUCUAUGACGUCACAUAGGGGGCUUGUAUAUCCAGGGAUCCAGCAGCGCGGGAACAGCAGCGAGCAGCCUCACAGCCCACCAGACCACCUCUAUUCAUCAACACAAAAGUGCUCAGAGGGGUGCUAAUUGCAUUAGGCGUCCUUCUCCCUUCCUCAGUGGCCACAGUGCGUGUGUGGGGAUGGGUGUGUCGGGUAGAGUGGAGGGGAGAGGAUUGGCAAGAAGUGCGGGAUGUUUGAGAAGUAGGGGAGGCAGAGUGUGACGGUGUGUGGUGGGAGCUGGCCAAACCCACAAGCCUUUAGGCAGGCGUCCCCUCUGUCACCUCUGCAGCUGCUGGCAACAUCUCCAGCCCCCCCGCCACACACACCGAAAAUCACACACACACAAAUACACAGGACAUGACAGGAUCGCUUCCCUUAGAUCACAACAAACAACACUGUGAAUUUACACAUGUGGUUACCCCGGGUAGCUAGCUUACAAGUGAUGCAUUUGGCUUUUGCACUCUCAGUCGUGUACCUGCACCCGCCUGCAAUUUAAUGUCAAGUAUUACUCUUGUGCGUUGGCAGGUUGUAGUUGAAAAAAAAUCGAAGUCCUCCAAAAAAAGAGGGAUUCUCAAAGGAGAGUGGCUUUCCUCCUCAAAUAAAUUAGUUGUUUUCAGAGACCGCAGCCGUGAGAAGGCUUUGUGGCUUAGAAAAUAAAUAUUUUUCCGGGUUCUGGUUGUGAGUCAGUGUUUGUCUUGCUUUGUGACUUUCACUUGAAGUAGACUCACACCAGCUAAAAUCUGGAUGGGUGCGAUAUAUGUUUAAAGAAUCCAUUGUUUGAUGACAACUAAUGUCUCUGCAAAUGUGUGUGUCUGAUAAGUAAACAAUACAGGAAAUUGCUAAUUUAAUCUUUAUUUUCCCUUGUUUCCUGGUCAGGCAGUUGAAUGAAUGUUUAGUUGUUGAUCACUGACUUCACUUUGAAACUUGUGUCUUAAGUCUAGUUGUCUUUUGCGUGAAGAUGGGAUAGACUUUGGUGUUCGUUUUGUUUGCAUGCAUAAGCUCUUGUUUUUAAGUGCUCUGAUGCCAAUAAAAAUAUCGGAUGUCCUGUCCUAAUGGUACAGUUUCCCUUUGAAUUCUUCCUACAUCUGCUUUCAGCUUCAAAAAGCUACAAAAACAUGGAAAUGGUUCUUAACAUAUGUUAAGACUAUAGAGCAUUCAUCAGGUUUUAAUACCGUGGGAAUCAGAAUGAUACCGUAUCAAACUAUAAAACCCAGACUUUUGAAACAUUGGAAACCUCUUGUCUCUUUCUGCCCAUGUGCACAUCUAAUGCAUAAUACUGCAGUUUUAAAAACACAAAGAUACUUAUCUGAUACUGUAAAUAACACAAAGGAGGCAUGUAUGAAUGCUGAGCAGCAAAAUUAUCUCUUUUUUUCCCUCUUUCUAUUUUUGUGCAUGUUUCAGUGAAUAUAAAAGCCACUACCGGGCUACUGUAAAAAAAAAAAAACACAAAACUGCAAUGAUAAUAUAAGCUUGUGUGUAGUAAGUGAUGAAACGAGGUUGAAAAAAAAAAUCACAGAUUUGGCAGGAGAAUCUGCUGUGUCUCAUGAAAUUGGAAGUGUUUGGAGCCAUUUUUAGGCAACAGGCAAAGUGUUAGUAUAAAACAAAGUAGUGAAAUAUUUUACUGGUCGGGAUAAUUGAAGUAGAAGUACAUAACUGAUCCACUUCAAAUUCAAAUCAUCUUUUGUACAAGAGCAACACCUUUGGUCUAAAAAAGUUCUCAGAUUCAUUCGACCUCUAUUAGAUAUUCUUUUACAGUAUGUGAACCGUCGUGGAUCAUUCUGAGAUAAGACUUAAUUUGGGUGACUUUGGGUUUCUGGCAGUCUGUGUUCAAAAUUGGAUGCGACAGGAGACUCACAACAACAAAGAAAGACCUCUCUUCAGGCAGUCAGGCUCUCCUAGGCUGGCUGAGCGUCAGUGUCACCUCAGCAGCUCUCCACCUUGUUUUAAUUGCCUCCGAGUUAAUUACUCCAGUAAGUGUGAAACAAUGUUGUCAGACUUCUCCUGCACAGCCGUGCUUUCACGCUAUCCUCCGCACCCCUGCUGGCCAAAUGGAGGCUUCAUAGGUGGAUGAGUUGUGUGUUGAAAAAAGCUGUGAAGAUUAUGAAGUUACUCUGUUGGUCUGCUCCAACUAUUGUGGACAGUGAUAAUGUGUAAUGUUGCGGGUAACCUGUUAUAAGCUUUUUGUAAAUUGGAAAAUAGUUGUAUUUUAGAUAUUUAGUUUGGCUAGAAGGAGAGCAGUUUUUGAUUAAACAUGUGGAUUUAUUUCUAGUCUGUAUCUGACAACUCCAAAGUAUUGUAUAUCACCAGUCUGAUAUCGCUUUUGUUUGCGUAAAGGUGUGGGGGAAGCAUCUUCAUCCUAGGUCUGUCAUCUUUAUUUAGCAGUGAACCUGUCACUGGAGUCCUGUGCCAUUAGACAUGGUUGACGCUGGUGCGGCGUUUUAUUGGUGUUGUGGCCUUUCAGAGAGGCUGAUCUGACAGUGAGCGAGGCUGAUCUUUUGAGGUCCCCUCUCCUCCCUGCUCCCCUGAUUCUCCAUGCCACUGGCAUCAGCCCCAUAGAUCACGGCUGUCCCACCGUGUGUAGGUACUUGCACCGCUCUGUUAGUCUCAUCACUCAUUCUCACUCGUCAGCCAGUCGGCUGAUCUCGCCCAGACCCUCUCACGCUGCCUUUCCCCUUGUUCCUCCCCCUCUCUCUCUUUCUCUCUCUCUCUCUCUCUCUUGUCCCCUUGCUUUCUCCUUCCACCCGUUCACUCUCUUUUGCCUUCUCACACACAUUUUUUUAAUUAGGCAAAAAUCAAAGACGAAAUAUGAAUAUUCAUAAGGCAAGCACAUUAAUAUGCACAAUUAUGCAAAUCAGCAUGCAAUUAAGGCUUGUGUCUCCAGAGAGCCCGGGUAGCAUUAGUGCAUAAGACAGGGAGAAGGGGAUGAUGGGGGUAUUUUGGAGUUUUCUGCUCCACCAGUCUUUUGACUGUGUUUUUCCUUUGUGCCAGAUAUUGAUUCUCUCUUUACUUUAAACAUCGUGCUGCAUGUUUUGGCUGUACAUAUUGUGUUUUGUGCUACUUCAGGUGUUCGUAUGUGUCAAAUUGACUGUGUGUAAAUUUGAUGUGGUUUAGAUAACAUUUUAUCAUCUUGAAUUACAUUAGGGAUUAGUGGGUUAAUUUUAUGCCAUUCAGUGACCGUAUCGAACACUAAUGGGAACACUGAGACGUAUUUCCAUUUUUUUCCAUCAAGAUGUAUGACAUCUAGAAUAUGAAAGUAUCAUUUUUAUCCAAUCAAUAUAGAUGCUCGUAACUGUAAAGCCCAUUUUGCCACUUAAGAACAUUAAAUCUUUAGAGUAAGAUAAUAGUAAAAGGUUCCUUUGAUAUGAGGCUCACAUUAGAGCGUUUUUUCAGUAUCAUCAGAAUUUUUCACAUUUAAACACCAUCUAUGGGAUUGGUACGGUUCCACCUGCUUUACGAUUCCUUUAUCUCUGCCCCAGACUAACUGAAUGGUCUCCUGACCUACCUGUCAGCAUUAACCAUAUGUCUGUCCACAGCAAUAGAUGAGCGCACCGGCUCGGGGUCUUGGGGCUCAGCAGAACAGAACAGCCCCUCUUUCAGCCAAGGACGGGUAAGAUCUGAGCACACACUCGCACUCUUAAGUAGCACAUGAGUUUAAGUUUGGAGAUCUUAGCAUUAACACCAGAUGCCAUGAUAUUGUCACACACUUGCACAUGUUCAGUUAAUCACUCCGCCAUAGACGAACACACGCACACCCUCUCCCCCCUACCAGCGAAACAGCUUAGUACUUUUUCAUGCCGCGUGCCAUGUUUGAUUUGAAGUGGUAGUUUUACUUUCUACCUAAUAACCUUGGCUCAGGAUCCGGCGUUGGCAAGCUCUCUGGUAGCCCAGAAUCUCUGUGGAAGCCCACCGGUAAUUGCGGCUUCACAUCCGCUGUAAAUGUCUUGGCACAACACAGUGUAAAUACAAGGAACAGGGGGUGAAAAAGAUGCAGCAGGCUUUGAUUACCACAAGUUGAUAAUUAAGAAAGUCAGUCUGAAUCCCCGGAGCUGAUGCAGAUUUGUUUGGCAUGGAUCCUGUUAUACAGAAAAACAGAGGGAGGGUAACCGCUAAGGCAUAUAGGUGUGCCAGCAAGAGAGGGACGGACGUAAAGGGUGGUUAUCAAUAAGUUCUGUGGGUGUGGAAGAGUUUGUCCACAUUAAGUCUCUGGAUGUCUUAUCGAAACUUUUUUUUUUUUCCAAGUUUCUCAUGUUGUUUUGUGUUCAUCAUUGUUCCCACAGGGCUAUGCUGAAGGAUCCCACUUCAGUGAGCAUGAAAACUUGUCCUCUCCAUUCAUCAGUUCAGGUAUCCCAGGUAUGUUUGUUUUCAUAGUUUUCUUGUUUUAAAUAACCUCCUCAUAUGUGAUCUUGAAGAAAACAUUUAAUCAUCAGGUUAAAAAUUAUUGUAAACGUCCUCCUCAGUCUCAGGGAAACCAUUGUCCACUCCGGUUUUCAAAAAAGCCGCAGUCAUACUGUCUGUUCCGACUCUUGUAUGUACUUAUGCACGAUUGUUUUCUCAGAGAUAAAAUGUGUAUAUCUCUACAUGCAUGUAUGUGCGUGUGUGUGUUCAUUCGUUGAGUGUUGGGAAUGUGAGGGCAGCGGAGCAGAAACUUUCCCCAGGGUUUCGUCUGGCAGGCGGCUUUAUGCAUCUGAGCGUACUGAAAAAAUGGGAGGGCAUCUCUGGACUUUUUGUACUUUCAAAAACCCACUUGUCAUUUGUUUAGCACACACCGUUACCUCUUAUAUCUCAUGGUUUACUUGCAUUACAUUUAAACAAGCUUCCCUUUAAUCUCGCAGGUAAAACUGAGAGGUCACCAUACCAGCCCUUUGGAAGCCAGGUAUGUUGCUAUUGGGCUUAUAAGCUCCCGACAGGGUUAUGUGUUUGUAUUUCUGUGUGUAUUUAGAGGAAACCCUGUUUUCUCACUUCUCUUUUCACAUGAAAUAUUUUGAAUGAUCUUUGUUCACUGCUCUCCCACAUCCCUUCAUGUACUGCUUAUAAAACCAUGUUUUCAUAUCUUCUCUUUCUAGCCUGGUUUUCUUCCUACUGACAUAGCGAUGCCCAGCCCUGAUGCCAUGUCCCCCUCUGGCUUGAAGUCAGGCUCUCAGUUUUAUCCAUCAUACCCCAACAACCCCAGGAGAAGGCCGCCUGAAGGAAGUAUAGGUGAGUAAAAUGCCUGUUUUAUUUCCCCCAGCAGAUUAACUUGUGCUAAAACAAACAGUUGUCAAUCAGGUAAAUCUGAUGGAUGUCGAGGUCUGUCAUUUCUCACAGAAUAGAACAAAACUGUACGAUAAUUUUAAAGCCCAGAGCAAAUUCUUAAUAUUUGUCAAGUCUCUUGAUUUAAGUCACAUCAGCACUUAAUCCAUCGUACUAAUUUAAACACUAUAAAACAUCAAAUGCUGACACUGAUAUACAGACUUGAAGAAGAUAUGUUGUCAGAAAAAUUGUUGGAUAACUGUUUUACAGGAUUCCUACUCAGUUGGAAUUUCCAUACUUUUCCAUACCCUGCUUUUUAGAAUUUAUUUUUGGAAAUACCUACUUUUCUAUUUUAGAAAACAGUAUUUUUCUUACUGUGGUAAAAGUCUGGAAACCUAAAUAUUUUUCUAUACUUUAUUUUUCAUUUUCCAUAAUUUUAAGACCUGGAAAUUGAUCAAAUUACUUCAUACUUUCCAUACUUGCAUAGGAACCCUGGUGGUUUUAGCAUAAUCCUCAUUUUCUAUUUCUUUCUACUGUUAACGGAACUUCAACAGCCAACGAUCUCAAAGGGUUACUGAUAUGAAAGCAAACAAGGCUGAGAUGGUUUUCUGCAGCGUCUUUUAGUCUUUUGUUUUGUUUCUCACCGAGCACAUGGAGGAAUUGCACCUGAACUGAUUUAACAUCAACAUAUGUGUGCUGAUUUGUAUUUUUCUCUCUCACCUUUUCUCUCCGUCUCUGUCUCCCCUGAAUGUAGAAACCCAGCCAAAGAAGAUUCGGAAACCCCCUGGCCUGCCAUCCUCGGUGAGAGCUUAUUUCUGCUCGCCUUCACAGCUCAAAGCCAGUCCUUUCUCUCUCUUUUUCUCUCUCGCUCUCUCUCUCUCUCUCUCUCUCUCUCUCUCUCUCCUGACACACUUUCCACACAUGAAAAACACAUACACACUACAUGUAGACACAGCUACCCUCCUCUCUGCUUGAGCAGUUCUGUGACAGACAGGGGUAAAGACCCUCUGCUCAGUCAGACUAUGUGAAUUGACAGUCAGGCAACUCAGGCCCCGAUAAACAUCAUCACUGUGGUUGUCUUUACACUACACUCAAGUGGUUUGAAGUGGCGUUCGGGGUCUGGUUGUCAUGUAGACAAGCAAUUUUGUCGGAUUUUGAGGUACUUUGUCAAGUUUGUUAAGUUACCUUCUUCAGUGGCCAAAUAUGUCCUCUGACUGCUUGAGGAGACUGGUUCUGGAUUUGAGUUGAAAGGGCAUGUAUGUGUGUUUAUGUAGUUGUCCAAGAAGGUUUAAGUCGAGUUGCUAAUUUGGAUUUGGUUCAGAGUUCAUAAAAAUGGACCAUAAUUUGUAAAUUUUAGGGUUUUGUUCUUCUUUUGCUGGAUUUUGGCAUCAUAGAAACUUUUCAGGAAGCUACAGAUAGAUUCUUGAUUUGCUUUUAAGCUUUAGUUUCUCCUUGUGGAAUAUUAAUCAAAUAGUUCCUGAAUACAUUUCGUGGUUAGUAUUUUUUUUCAAGUAUAACAAUAGUUGGGUUUUGAUACGGGUACAUCCAGCAUCGAAUGUGCUCUACGGAGUGCAAUUAAACCCCAAUCCUGCGCCAAAGCAGUCUGAAGUGUCAUAUAGAGCUUUGAUUUACUGUACCAAGUGUCACAUCUUGUCAGUGGGCCCAGAAUUCCCAGCAGCUGAUGUAGCUGAUGUCUGCGUGGAUGAUGGCAACCACACAUAGCUGGAAACACAAGUCAUCGUUGCAUGCUUGAUAGUUACUGAAUGAAUUGCACUGUUAGUUUAAACUGACUGGACAGCAACUUGACACACAGCUCUGAUGUGUACUUUUCAUUUUUUGAUUCGAGCCUGUGCGGUUCAUUCAUAAUUGUUGCUUCUAUUUUCAGUUCUUGUAGUUCAUAGAUGUGUCAAAGGUCAUUUAUGUAGUUUUAAUCUGUUUUAUAGUCGAUUCAGUGUUGCAUUUCCACACUAGUCAAGUCACUACUUUUCAUAUUUUAUAGGCUAGUAAAGAGACUUUUAAUUCCUCGUGGUUUAAACUGACGGAUUCAAAGACAGAGAACAUGAUGUAUCAGGUUCGAGGAGCCAGACUGGGUUGUUGAGUGGCGUCACUGUUGGUAUCAAAGCCCAAUCUCGCUGCUUGAGCUGCCUUUGGAUCAUCAAUAUGAAAUACUGCCAGUACACAAACAUUUUCUGUAACCCAGUCCUCACGCUACUGUAGUUCUCGGAUGACGAGAGUGACCUCAAGCAUGAACUGGAUUGGGUACCUUUUACGUCAGCUCACUACUGGCAUCUGUGUUUCAGCACGACACCUUGCAGCAGCACAAUGACUUCACAAGCGUAGAAGAUCAAGAGCAGGAUUUAUUUUCCAGUUUUUGUCGACAUUGAGAGUGUGGGGACUAAAUAGUGUGAAAUUUUUGCAUUUGUGUAAAUGCUUUGUUUUGAUAUUUUUGAGUCAAAUGUCGAUUGACUGUGCCAAUACUUGUUCAACAUAAGGAUAAAGUUAAAUUUAAAGAAUUAAUAUGGUUGACUAGGUUGGAAUCACAGAGCCAGGGAUGCGGCAGGAAAGGAAGUUGAGCGUAACAAGUGUUGUGUUGCCGUCUGAAACUCUCCCGGUUUGAGUUAAAAUGUUGUAACAGAUGCAGCUUCUGUAGCAGCUGCAUCGAUAAGGCUUGUUUUUAUCGGAUUGUCUAACAGUUAGGAGGCAGAUCAGAGUUGGACCUGCUGAAGUUGCUGCUUAGUUUAUUUUCUUGAUCUCUUCGUCACAGGAGUGAAGCGAUGUGUUUUUUAAGACAUCUGUGCUGUCCUCCUCCUCGUGUUGGUGUUGUGAAACCUCUGCGUGCAGACACACUCCACCACGGUGACUACAUCACAGAGUUUUGAGUGUGGACGCUCUGUCUGGUGGAGGCCCCCCUGCUUCACUUUUUGAACCUCAGCGUCUCCCGCACUGUAAACGACGGCCGCGUGGUUUCGGUGCGAACGAUGACAUGUUUGUGUGCGCGUGAACCCCCCUCCCCCCACUUCGCCCAGGCCUCCGCCUACGCCUCACCACAUGAUGGCCUGGGUGGGCCUCCCCCUGUGAGUGACCCAGUUGUGAGGUGCAGUGCUUGCAGGCCUCUUAGCCCAGUGUCUGAGCCCAGAUUAAUGACUGACGAUGAUGAUGAUGAUUCUGUGGUCUUUCCCUCCUCCCACACUCCCACCCUCCCUCUCUACCCUUUUGACAAUUUGUCUAUUUCCUCUUGUCUACGUCCUAAACUUAAAAAAUGUUGCUGAAAACCAGUGACUGGACAGGUUUGAGCUUCACCUAGGAUGUCAUUUGUCAUCCCUUCAUGCUCCUAGACUUCCUCAACCUGCACACCAGACCCUCGCCUUAACCUUGUGAACCGUCACCUCCUGUCACCUGUAACAAUCAUUCAGCACGGAGAAAUUUCUCUCCUGCCCUCUAGUUGUCCAGUCGACUGAUAACAACACUUGAGUGGGUGAACAAAUCAGUUUUGAGGUUUGUUUGAUGUUAAUCUUUGUCCACUCCCCACCCUUGGGUUCAUGUUUUCUUUCUGUGCACGGACCUUCUUUCGCGCGGUCAUGACCCGAAUCACUUUAAACUCUUAUUGGUGACGGAUCUUAACCCAGAAAUCCCUUUACUUUCUGAGAAUACAAUCAUCCAGCAGCACUAGUGGUUGUGUAAUUUCCAGUUCCCAUCCAAAACAGCAGGAUUCACUCGACAUUGUUCCCCGUGAAAGAACAACUCAAAGCCCAUUGUUAAAUGAAGCCAUCUCCGUCAUGUUUUCCCCCGAAUUAAGCGUGAUCAUUUUAAAUCCCCUGUUUCCUUCACACUCCCCUGGCCAUAUCAAGCUUUGUUUAAGUCAUUUAGAUUACCUUCUCCUGUCCCCCCUCAACACCCCUUAUCUCGCUACCCAUUUCAUAAAUCAUCAGGGCCUUCAUUUUUUUUUUCCUCCCUAUCCUCCCCCCUGCCCCUUUACCAUCCCCUACCCACUGCAAUAACUCUCUCUCUCUCUCUCCCUCUCUUUCUCCCUCUCUCUCUCUCGCUUGCUGACUGGAUCCCAGCCCCCAUCUCUCUCCCUCUCUUCGCUCCCUCUCCCCAGCCCAGCUGCCUGUGGAGUUGGAUGUGGUCCAGGAACAGGCAGAUGGCUCUGUAAUUAGAAGUGCAUCUCUCCAUUCCCUUUCCACUUCUCCCUGUUAAAUCAAAUUACAGAAAAAAUCCCUUCUCUGGAUUAGCAUUCUUUGCAGCAUAGCCUCCGUUCUCUUCCUCUCUUCCUCUCUCUGUGCUGUGUACUACAGUGAGAGGAGGAAUAGAUAGACUGAGUGGUGGCUGACGGUGUGGGGGGAACCAAGGGCUUCUCAUGUCCAUCUUCAGUUUGAGGCUUUGGAGGGAAGAGAUAUGUGUCACUUAAGGCAAUGACAUUUGUUCGCUUGAUGUGGAAUGAUGUGUGAUUGGACUCUUAAAAAGGAGCUGAUUACAAAACGUCCAAUUUCAUCAAAGCGGCUUAUUCUCAUAUUUUCUCUGAUCAGUCCUCUGUUGAUACCACAAACAGUGUGAUAGUGUCAGUUUAAGGGUUUUGCUGGCAUAGUGCUCAUGGGUGUGUGUGUGUGUGUGUGUAUGUGUUGGCUCACUGAAUGCAUGGUAUGUGUGUGAGUGGAUAGUGAGUGUGUUAUAGGGAGGGGCUGCAGGCCAGGCAGUGCGAUGUCACCGGGGUCCUGGGAGCUAGAGGAAGUGCUCACUGUGCGCUGGGAUUCAAGCCGUCGCUGUGCCCAGCAUGGCAUGGCCGCUGUGUUCUCCUCCACAGGCGAGGAGCCGACCUGCCUCUACAGCCGGCAGACUCCCUUUUGCCAUCUUGUGGCUGCUUGAAGCUAGUGUAAUUAGAGGAUUCCUGAAAGCCAAUCAAAGAAAGAUGGCUCAAUACUUGUGCUCACAGAGCGCUUAGAGCUGCGCAUCUAAUGUCCGUGUUUAAGGAUGGUCAGUGAGGAUAUCACUGCUAACUGCUCACUGUCUGCACCUUUUUUUAGGUGUACGCCUCCACAUCUGGCGAUGAGUAUUCCCGGGACAACGGAGGGUAUCCCGGUGCAAAGCCUGGAGCUGUCUACCCUGGCUCAUUCUAUAUGCAGGGUAACAAUUCACAUAUUAUUACUAAAAUUACUUUGUUUUUUCACUCUGUGGGUGAUGAUUGUAUUCUAAUACGUGUCUCUGCUCUUCUCAGAAGACCCCUGGUCAUCUUCUGGCUAUUCGGCCAUGCUGGGAAACUCUCCUCACAUUGGACAGCCAGGAUCCUUCUCUGCAAUUAACCCACAGGACAGGAUGGUGAGUUUGAACAACUUUCAAGUUCAAUUUUUGCUUUGUAGUUUUGUGGUUAACAUUAGAGGAUCUUUUACAUAAAGGGCCAACAUCCCGCAUCAGCUUAUUUCAAGUCAGAUGCGUGAAUCAGAUAGUUUACUAAGUUUCACAUAAAGUUCAAAAGUAAAACCAAAAAAUAUUAAACAGCAAAGUCACAUUGCUUGAAAUUUCCUGUGACGGGAUAAUGUUCCUUAUAAAAGUACUUGUAUCCCUUCUCCAGAAGCGUCAACCCCUGCCUCUGUCCCCACAGAACUAUCCCCUGCAUGGCAGCGAUGUCAAUGGCUUCCACUCGGCCUCCACCACCUACAACCACGCACCCACCAUCAAUGGAGAGGGAAUCAUGGGUAUGAGACUCUUGAGAUUAACUUAUCAAACAAAUAUCGUGAUCGCAUCUGUGAACUUUCAUUUAAGUCAUGAAGUGAUUCUUUUCUUCAGAAACAAAUGAACAGGUCACAUGAAUCACACUAUUUAUUUUGUUCUCAGCAGCCAGCAGAGGCACCACAGCUGGCAGUUCAGGAGAUGAAAUUGGGAAGGCUCUUGCCUCAGUGAGUUAUUUACUAUUGGUUGUUUUUUUGAGAUUAGUGAUGGGCAAUAAAACGGACUUUUAUUUUCCCAAGGGUUUUAUUUUCACUUAACAGAAUUAAAAUCUGAUCUAGGACAGUUUGGCUGAGCAAACAAAAAGUCGCAAAUAAAAACCAAGCAUGGUGACUUGAAAAAACAUGAUUCUUUUCGGCUUUAGCCUCAUUUCAGUAGCUCGUGUUUUUGUUGGAAGUAGAAGAUAUUUCUUUUCUUAAAAUGUGCAGAAGUCACCAGCCAAUAAGGGCAAAUCUAUGAAGUAUAAGAACCUGAUUAUUUCCAAGAACUGUUGUAAUAAGUGCCUAAUCUGAGGAUUUCUUGAUCCUUAGAUUUACCCAUCGGACCACAACAGUAAUAAUUUCUCCUCCGCUCCAUCUACUCCCGGAUCCCCUCAGGCUAUUGCAGGUAACAUGAACUUCCAUCAAACAUAACAAUCAUUCCUAUAUUUGUGAUGCAGAGGACUUUAAAUCCAGUAGGUAUAGACCCCUUGUUAUUGUUUUUUUAAGAUUGUAAAUGUGCAAUUCUACCAAAAUGGAAAAAUCCGCCUUUUCGUUAAUCCAUGAUUAAUCUCUCACAAAAACUUGUCUCUAGCUGUGGUUGGGUACCACCUUACUUUCCAAUCAGUUUACUGUUGGGCUGACAGUAGAGAAAGUUCUCCAAUCAGAACAUUCGUACUCUGAGUUCAGGUGGUUUUAUUCUGUGCUUUAAUCUCACUCAUACAACCACAAAGUCGGGUUAAGAUUUCAAUCUCAGGCUCAGAAAAACUCCAUCAGUCCAAAAUAAGAACUUAUUUUGUUUGAUUGCAACCUCGUCUCUGGGCACAUCAAAAUGAAUUAGUUGAAAUUGUUGGAGCAAAAACUGUUUCUGUCCAUGUUUGAUGUUUUCAAGCAAAGAAAUGUAUCUGCAGCUCUGUUUACUAUAAGUUUAAGCUUGACAUCCUCGUUAUAUCCUCUUAUUUCUCUCAACAGGAGCUCAGUCUCAGUGGCAGAGACCCACCACACCCAGCUAUGAAGGGCAACCACAUGCACUGGUACGACCUACAUCAUUUUAGAUGUUCAAAGUUAGAUUUCUCCACAUCUUAUUAAAAUGUUUAAAUUAAAGGAAAAUAAUCACUGAAGUCACUUUAUUUCUCUAGCAAAGUAAAAUGGAGGACCGUUUGGAGGAGGCCAUCCAUGUACUGCGUAGCCAUGCUGUGGGUCAGGGUCCAGGCUUGGAGGGCGCCCACUCCGACAUGCACAGCCUGCUGUCCUCAGUACACAAUGGGGGCCUCGGGGCCCUCUCUCCAGCUUUCCCCAAUGCCAGCCUUGCACUCAGCAACAGACAUCCUGCUAUGGUGAGUCACUUACCCUGCGCGGACUGUGUUUCACGCAUGCUUGUUUAACCGUGGGUGACAGCAAUAUGGAGAGAACUUAGGUGUUAAUUUAUAUUCUAGUGAGCUUUGCUUUAUAUAUUAUCUCUUAUCAUGUGUUGGAACUUUCUUGGAAAACUAUAAAUCAUUGCAGCAAUGGGUGUAUUCUCUGAUAUUCUUAAUAUCAUCAUUGUGUAUUUCACAGUUUAGAUAUAGGAACUACACAUACAUAACAAUAUCACAAAACCUUUCAAACAAGACAAUAAAGUGGAUUUAAACGUAAUGAGUUGAGGCUAGCUACAUUUCUUUAACAUUUUAUUUGUAUGACUAACUUCAGGGGAAAAUAAACACACAAACAGUAUGACCACUUCAAGGUGAAAACUGAAUCAUGCUCUCUCUGCUGGUCAAAAAGUGGAAGUGCAUCUGCUGUAAAUUGAUAGUAUUUUUAUUACUCAUAAAAAUGGGUCAUAUUUUAAGAAAAUCCACUACAGGUGUAGAGGUAUCGCAGGUAAGUCUUUGUCUGGGACUCUUUGUUUAGGUUUGGAUUCUGUUAGAGAAAUCUUUGAGCUUCUUUUAUGAUGGAGGUGUUUUAUUAUAUCUGAACUCAUGUGAUUUGCAUUAUGGUUCUCCACCUUUAUCAGCAGGGAGGGAAACACGAGGAGCCCACUGGUCUUCCUCCAAGCAGCACUCUGCUGCACGGUCAUCACGCAUCUGGACCCACACCGUCAGGACAACCAGAGGGCUAUACCAGUAAGUCUGAUAAGACCUCUGAACCAGAAAAAGACUGUCUGCACUCUCAAAUGAUGUCUCUGUCAGAUUUAGCUUUUCACUCUCUGUACCAGAGGCUUUAAUUCUAUAUGUAACACGAUCCUCCCAUGUGUUUGUUUGUCCUUAGAUCUCCCUGGUGGUGUGGCUCGCUCUACACACUCCUCCAGCAGCUCAGACAUCAAAAGGGAAGACAGAGAGGAUGAUGAGAACUCGUCUAUUGCGGACAAAUCAGAUGAUGAAAAGAAGGAGUCCAAGGCAGCACGAAGUCGAAUAAGGUAAGGCUACCUUAACUAUGUUUUCAGACUCGCUUUUAAAGCUAACUACAUAAAACUUGUUUUGUUAAUUCCGUUUAAUUUGUCCCACUAAGGUGGAUAUUUUCUGAACACUUCUACCAAAUAUAAAAAUCUAAGUGAACCCAUUUGCUGCAUGUUCCCACAUGUCAGCUGUAAAAUAAUCCUGCUUUAGAAGAAAAUGUUAUUCAUGUUAGUCUCCUUUGUCCUGUGUCCCCUCUGAUUCGAGACGAUGUUAGGUAUUUAACAAUGUUAAAACCCCCCUUCCCUUCAUGUCACGUUUUCAGAAAGGAGGCGUUGACCCUCCAGAUGCUCUCUGGCCUUUCAGACCAGAAAGAUGAGUAAGUUUCUCCAAAAGAGGACCAGUUUCUUGUGCUUUGUGGGCUCGUUCUGAAUACAUGUUGAUGCAGCGGGGCUCACUGAAAGCGCAUUUUCAAUGGAGCUUAAAUCUCACUGUGGGAAUUUUAUUUAAACUUUGACCUGUGAACUUUUUUUGCUUCAGAAUUUUGAAUUUUAGAGAAAACAUUUUUUUUAACAAAACAAUACAUUUGGAAACCAUGAUAUUUUAAAAAAUCAGCUGCAAGGCUGAGGCUGUACUAUGAUAUGCCUUCCCCCUUGAAUAACACAAAUGAUGCGCACACACAGCUCUGUACUUUUUCAAAAGUGAAAAAAUCUUGUUUUGUUUUAUGUGAUCGUCUAAACUGAGAAUUGCCACUUUGAUUUUAGCAUUCAUUUUUCUAUGCUUUGAAUUUAAUACAGAUAAGAUGCAUGCAAUGUGUGUCAACUUUAACUUUAAUGUUCAAUUUUUAGUUGCUAAAUACCAGCCAUAAUGUAGCACAAACUCUCUUAUAUCUGAUUGUAUUAAACAUUUCCUGUUUGUUUAUAACCAGUCCAGAGGAAGAUGAUGAAGAUCUGCCCCCUGAGGUGAAGAUGGAGCGUGAAAGGGAACGGCGAGUGGCUAACAAUGCCCGAGAGCGUCUCAGAGUACGGGAUAUCAACGAGGCAUUUAAGGAGCUCGGGAGGAUGUGCCAGCUGCACCUCAGCCAUGACAAACCUCAGACCAAACUUCUCAUCCUGCACCAAGCCGUCAAUGUCAUCCUCAAUUUAGAACAACAAGUCAGAGGUCAGUGUGCAGCACAUCAGAGGCUGUUGUGUUCAGCGAUGUUGUGGCUAAAUCUACAGUUUGUCAUUCUUUUAUACUGAGCUUGCUCUUUUCAUUUUCCCUUUUUCAGAGCGUAAUCUUAACCCCAAGGCAGCAUGUUUAAAACGCCGCGAGGAGGAGAAGGUGUCUGGGGUGGUGGGUGAAGCCCCCAUGCAGCUCUCAGGAGGCCAUCCUAGUAUGGGAGGGGAUGGCCACAACCCAGUUGGCCACAUGUAA